GGCGUCAGUGGAGGCCGUGCUUCGUUUUAAGGAGGUGCCCGAGGAUCGGCGUGUUGAUCUUGUGGCCACGAGAUUUCGUGGGCGUGCUGCGGCGUGGUGGAUGCAACUUACGAGUAUGCGGCAUCGUCAAGGGAAGUCACCGAUUCAUUCGUGGGUUAAAUUUCGGGAGUGCGUAGAGCGUGAGUUUCUGCCAUUCAACUAUGAUAGCCUCAUGUACCAACAACUUCACAAUUUGAGACAGGGGUCACGGUCGGUGGACGAAUACACGGAUGACUUCUAUCGUCUGUUGACUCGUGUUGAGUUGAAGGAGACUACCAACCAAUUGAUUGCUCGUUAUGUGGGUGGAUUGCGUGUGGCCAUCCAGGACAUGGUGAAUUUUGUGCGGGCUGAUUCGGUAUCUGAUGCGUAUAAACGGGCCCGGCUAGCAGAGCAGCAGUUGACCAGAAAAGGCGGGACUACUUUUUCUGCGACACCUCGCGUAGGCUCGACGGGGGGUGCUAUGGUGCAGCCCGGGCGUGGGUUCCCUCUGUCGGGGACAGGUACGGGCCAGCAGCUUCAGACGGGCCGGCUCGCAGGGUCGGGCAGCGGUGCACCUCGGGUCGGCGGUUCGAGAACUCCAUCAGCAGCGGCGGGGCAGCAGGUUGGCUCGGGUACGCGGUGUUUCGGUUGUGGUGAGUUUGGCCAUCUCCGGGCAUCGUGUCCUCGUGGGUCCGGGUCUCGUGGUCU